CUACACGAACUCGGCUUCCAGCCGGAAGAGGCGGUGCGGCAGUACUUGCGCGCUCCCGCCUUCUGCUGCAGCUAACAUUGGCGGGAACCUGACAGGUUGGCGGGAACUAAGCGGGAUGGCGAUGGCUUCGCGUCGGGGGGCACUCAUCGUGCUGGAGGGCGUGGACCGUGCUGGCAAGACCACGCAGGGCCACCGGCUGGUGACCGCGCUGUGCGCUUCGGGCCACCGAGCCGAGCUGCUGCGUUUCCCCGAAAGAUCAACAGAAAUCGGCAAGCUCCUGAAUUCCUACUUAGAAAAGAAAACAGAACUGGAAGAUCACUCAGUGCACCUGCUUUUUUCUGCGAACCGCUGGGAACAAGUGCCAUUAAUUAAGGCGAAGUUGAACCAGGGUGUGACCCUUGUUUUGGAUCGAUACGCCUUUUCUGGGGUCGCCUUCACUGGCGCCAAGGAGAAUUUUUCCCUGGAUUGGUGCAAACAACCAGACGUGGGCCUUCCCAAGCCCGACCUGAUCCUGUUCCUUCAGUUACAAUUGCUGGACGCUGCGGCACGGGGAGAGUUUGGGCUUGAGCGCUAUGAGACCGGGACUUUCCAGGAGCAGGUUCUGCUGUGUUUCCAGCAGCUCAUGAAGGAUGAAAACCUGAACUGGAAGUCUUUUUCAUAGGAAUGACUCUUCAUUGUACGGAUUAUACUUACUGUCAGAAGGUGGAGUUUGCCAGUUUCAUGGUGAGAUGUCUUUUUCUUUUAGCUCAUGCAGUGAUUUCUUCCUGGCCUUCCUGUUGGCUCUCGGUCAUUAUAGGCACCUUCUCCUCUAUAGCUACAACCUGGGCCUUUAUCCUGCCCAUUUCUUUGAAGCCUGUAGGCCUAUGCAUGGCCAUUUCCUGGAGCACAGAAGUGUCCAUACCAGGUUUCCCUCUGGUCCUGUUUCCUCCACUCUGUAAACUUGUUUCAACACUGGUCUCAGGAAUUGGCUUCAGCUUCCCUCUUGUUCCUCGCACGGAGGCCAACAUGAGCCCCUCCUCUGCUGCUUGCUCCUACUCUGACCCUAACUGCACCGUCAUUCCACACAUCUGCUCUGGA